CUCUAAAUUGUCUGCUCCUUCACGGCCUCACCCAUCAUAUGUUGUUGGGCUUCAUCUUCAAACUCCGGAUAUCGAUUCCUUGGGGGGUAAAAAGGACAUGGUCCCGACGUAUCCAACUCAUAUUGCCUAGACGGGCUUGACGAUAGUUGACUCCGGUUGAUGGAGACGCGCCUUCGCGCGGCCAGUCAUCCCCCGCCGCCGGGGACGCCCAUGCAAAUCGCAAAGACGACCUGGUGACUCGGCGCACCUCUAAAGAACCACCAGUCGCGCUCCGCCUUAUCAUCGACGACAUGCUAUCAACUACUCUAGUCGCCUCAGUGUUUGCCGGCCUCGUCGGCGCGCAGAGCCGCUCCGCCAUGGCUCUCACUCCUUCCAGUGACUGGUACGGUGUCGAUGGGAACUGGUCGACGAUUAAGCUCCAGGUCGGCACGCCUGGACAGUCUGUCAAUGUCCUCGCGAGUACGUCUCUGUCUGAACUUUGGGUCAUUGGGCCCGGUGGCUGCCUUGGAAACGAAUCUAUCUGCAACGCCCGAGGCAACGUUUUCACGAUUGCCCAGUCUAAAUCCUGGAACCCUCUGGGCGCAUGGCAGCUUGGCCUUGAUUACCUUGCCUAUGGCGGAAAUGGCGAUUACGGCCUGGACAAGCUCUCAUCCACUUUGUUGACGGGCGGCACAAUGAGUAUGGACAACAUCAUCACCGCAUCAAUCAACAGUACCAACUUUUACCUGGGAUACCUCGGGCUUGGCAUCACCAAAGGAAGCUUUGGCAACUCGGUUACCGAUUCACCCCUCACACAAGCGGUCAAGAAUUAUGGUUGGAUUCCCAGUUACAGCUACGGUUACACUGCUGGUGCAUACUACAUGGGUGCUUCUGGUACGCCUUGUUCCGUGACACUAGGAGGUUACGAUGCGAGCCGAUUUGUGCCGCAUAAUGUCAACUUCACUCUGGACCCCAGCGAUGGGCUUCCUAACGCUCUUGUUCGUGGCAUCGAAGUGUCGGCCGGUCAAGACAAGGCGCUGCACGCUGGUUGGAACACCACCACGAGGAUUUUGUCCAACAUGUCAACCUCGUUCAGUGCCACGAUCGAUAGCUCAACACCCUAUCUUUGGCUGCCGGACGCCGUUUGCGACCAGUUCGCAGAAGCCUUCAACCUGACGUACAAUAGAACGUUCAACCUCUAUACUGUCACCAACGAACAGUAUGCCGACUUCAAGUCCGGCUUGUCAUCUUACUCAUUCACCUUCUCUUUUACCAGCCAUGACAACAGCAACGAUUCUGGUAAUCCCCUCACAGUUCCCGGCGUCGUCAACAUCACCAUCACCGCGGCAGCCUUCGCCCAAGUCCUGCGGUACCCCUUCCAAAGCGAGACGAUCGGAUUGGGCGAACCUCCUGUUCCCUACUUCCCACUACGAAGAUCAUCUAACUUGACGGACACGUUCAUCAUUGGGAGAUCAUUCCUCCAGGAAGCAUACCUGAUCACCCAGUAUGACACUGGCGUCUUUUCUCUCCAUCAGGCCCUCUUCCCAGAUGAGCCGCUGCAGUCUCUGAAGCUGAAGAACAUUGCACAACCAAACGACAGCCCUUUAGCACGACCACCUGCUCAGGUGAACUCGCAAGGUGGUCUCUCGGCGGCGGAGAUGGGCGGUGUUGCGGCGGGGGUUGUCGCGGCAUGCAUGGUCAUAUUCGCUUGCUGGUACUUUAACCACCGCCGAAAGAAGUUGAGGACCACGACCAGAGCAUUGGAGGAUGGAAAGGACGCCGCCUCGUCGAUUACACCCGGCCCACCAAGGAGCCCCGUGGCCAAGAUGUUCACCAAAAUACUGGGCAGAAAGAAGACCAAAAAAGCAUCUGCAAACGAGGCCAUGGGAAGCACUUUACCAACUGCAGAAAUGGCGGCUGACGCUAACCACGCCGUAUACGAACUGCCAGUGCCAGUAGCCCCAGUCGAGCUGAAUGGCGAUGGCGGUAAGUCGGUUCUCGAGCACAACACAGUGUUGGGGACAGACGAUACUCAAAACGUCGACACAUACGAACUGGCUAGGAGAAACGUGGAAAUUCAGCUUCGAGGCCCUUUGCCGGCAUACACCCCUCCCGAAAACCCCUCAGACUUCCCGCUUACAGAGAAAGCGAUACGAGACACGAGUCCUGCAGUAAACUUUUCGCCUGAGGAAAUCGGGCCGCUGCCGUCUUCGUUGCCGGCGUCUCCAUCUUCCCCGUCGUCUCCCGUAUCCUGCGACAAGUCGUCGUCAACCCAUGGUUCAUUACCGUCGCCAAUGAGCUCCCGCGCAGGCGAAUGGUCAAACCGCAUAUCGGAUCUCUCAUCCCCGUCGACGGAGGCCGCGUCGUACCACUCGCAUACUUUCACUGUCAGCAACGCCGGAAACACGGUUCCGCAGCCUACCCCUCCCGAGAGCGAGGCCUUGACGUCGAGCUCGUCAAACUUCUCAAACACAUCGCCGUCCAUUCUUUAUCCUGCCCUUCCCGCCUCUCCUCUUCCGACUCACCAAAGAACGCUAAUCGAUUCCUCUAAUGUGGUCUGCUUGGGCCCCUUGCCGGAGCACAUCACCAUUCCAGGAUCCCGGACGAUUCCCGCCCCGCUGACGUACCGUCAAGGCAGCAGCAACAUGGACGUCGUUGUUCCCCAGGUUCUGGACGCGAGUCGAGUUUCAACCGACACUCUGGGAAGCAACUGGACCGAGUUCGAGGAGGAGCUGAUGGCGCAAGAGCUGACAGGGCAAGCGACCCUCCAAGAGAGCAUCAGAAAUCGCGAAGAGGAGUCGGACUCCUUAAGAAGCCUGCAUCGUCUCGACGGUUCUGAGUUCAUUCACAUUCCUCAGCCGGCGGAACGACGUUACAGCUGGGAGCAUUAACGAUAGGCCGCUUUCUCGAAUUAUUUGUUUGAACAUUCAUCGAUACCACUUAUAAUGCUUGGCCGCGCAGAACAGCGGGCUGCCGCACCAUUUUAACUUCCUUUGCCUUCCUUCCCUCUUUUUUCACACUUCUUUCCCUAGUUAUCGCACGUACAGAUCAAAAAGCGAAGGAGUUUGGAACAAAUGUGCACCCCGACCAUGGGAUGGAGAUAUCAGCGAGCGGCGGGCGUACGGUGGUGCAUCGUUACAAAAUGGGUCCUGGUCCGGUCCUCGGUUUCAUUAUCUUUUGUCCAGGCGUGCCUUUUUAGUCUUUCCUUUUGUCGUCGGGGAACGGCGUCCUGAAUACCAAAAAUAGGCAGGAUACAGGCAAAAUUCGAGAUGGGAGAAUUGCGCCUCCUUUCGGCGUAAACCAUUGGGAAAUGCCCGAGAAGGCACUAUGUCAAGACACCGGCGGAUGCAGGAAGUGGUCGCAGGUGUGUGCUUGGGCAACGCUCCCCUAGCCAUAACUCCAGACUGCUCAAUAAAGAAGAGACAUACUUACACAUUUGAGAACGGCGAUGAAGCCCUAUUCCGUCUGUACGCCGACAUUGAUUAACUUGCUCAGGGUUGGAUCGCAGCCGCGACACCCCUCUCUAUUGUCAAAUUCUAUUAAGCCGUAUUUCUCCUUGGCACCAUCCACAAAGUGUUUUCUAUUCAACAUGCAUGUCUCAACAAACACGACCUCUUUUUUAUACUAGGCUCUGCCCACCCAAGACUUUCGUCUUCAAGGGCUGUCUAAACAGUCCGUCCACCAGCAGCGUGUCUCCCUGAUGAUCCCCAAACACGCCGUCUGGCGUCACGGCACCACCAAGCAUAUCCAGGCCCC